GCAGGCGGCGAUAGGAUCCGGACUACAGCUCCCAGCACGCCCCACUUCCCGCCCCCGCCGCCAGAGCCCGACGCUGCAGUGGCUCUUCCCGAAAGCUUCUUUCCUCCUGUGCGGCUCGCCGGCUCAGUACUCCGGCGGUCGGGGUGGGUCGGCUCAAAGGCCGGCUCUGGACGCAGGCACUGCCCCAGGUGACAGUGCGGGAGCAUGGCCUCGCAGCUGGGCAGGCUGAGCGUCGGCCCCUGCUGGCGCGUGGCGCGGAGCGGCUGUGGAAGGCUCCGCGCCUGGCCCCAGUGCGGCGGCGGCGGAGGGUUGCGAGCCUGGUCCCACCUCAGCGGUGCCAGACGCAUCUGCCGGCCCCCUGGCCCGGCUGGCACGGAGCAGAGCCGCGGGCUGGGGCACGGCCCGACGGCGAGAGGCGGCCCCUGGCUGGGGACAGGGCUGGCCGCGUCGCUGGCGGGGUUGGUGGGGCUGGCCGCCGCUGCCCUUGGGCAUGUGCAGCGGGCGGAGAUGUUGCCUAAGAGCUCGGGGACGCGGGCCCCUUCGCUGGGGAGGCCGGAGGAGGAGGAUGAGCUGGCCCGCCGCUGCAGCAGCUUCAUGGCCCCGCCUGUGACCGACCUGGGCGAGCUGCGAAGGAGGCCGGGCGACAUGAAGACCAAGAUGGAGCUGUUGAUCCUGGAGACCCAGGCCCAGGUGUGUCAGGCUCUGGCACAGGUAGACGGGGGCGCCAGCUUUUCUGUGGACCGGUGGGUGAGGAAGGAAGGAGGUGGUGGCAUCAGCUGUGUACUUCAAGAUGGGUGUGUUUUCGAAAAGGCUGGGGUGAGCAUUUCUGUUGUUCAUGGAAAUCUUUCAGAGGAAGCUGCAAAGCAAAUGAGAAGCAGAGGAAAAGUUCUGAAGACUAAAGAUGGUAAAUUGCCAUUUUGUGCUAUGGGCGUGAGCUCUGUUAUCCACCCCAAGAAUCCUCAUGCUCCUACUAUCCAUUUCAACUACAGAUACUUUGAAGUAGAAGAAGCUGAUGGCAACAAGCAGUGGUGGUUUGGUGGUGGAUGUGACCUCACUCCAACAUACUUGAACCAAGAAGACGCUGUCCAUUUUCACAGAACUCUAAAGGAGGCUUGUGACCAGCAUGGUCCAGAGCUCUACCCCAAAUUUAAAAAAUGGUGUGAUGAUUACUUCUUUAUAGCCCAUCGUGGAGAGCGGCGGGGCAUUGGUGGUAUCUUUUUUGAUGAUCUUGACUCUCCGUCCAAGGAGGAGGUGUUUCGCUUUGUACAGAGCUGUGCCAAGGCUGUAGUUCCUUCUUAUAUUCCCCUUGUGAAAAAGCACUGUGAUGACUCAUUCACGCCCGAGGAGAAGCUGUGGCAGCAGCUCAGAAGAGGACGGUAUGUAGAAUUUAAUCUGCUGUAUGAUCGGGGUACAAAGUUUGGCCUCUUCACUCCAGGAUCCAGAAUUGAAAGUAUCUUGAUGUCUUUACCUCUAACUGCCCGAUGGGAGUACAUGCAUUCACCCUCAGAGAAUUCCAAAGAAGCUGAAAUUCUGGAAGUUCUACGCCAUCCAAGGGACUGGGUGUGUUGAUGCAGGCAGAGUGGCCAUGCGGGGGUUUGGAGGGCACAGGAUGUGUGCUCUCCAUGCCACUGGCUGGCACUUUGCCACUGUGUGGCAGUUACCUGUGCCUUAGUCUUUUCCACUCUGCACCCCACCUCGUGGGCAGAUGGUCACAUGUUUUGGAUGCUGUCAGUGAUGAAUGGUGAGAUGGCAGAUUGUCAGAGUCAAUUGAUUACACCUCAUUUAUACUUGUAGUGUCAUUUUAUAUGACUAGUUUACAAAAUAGGACAUUGAGUUUCCAAGUAUUGAGAUAAGGGAAUGUAAAUAGUAUUAUAUGUAUCAGGAAAUUUCUCAUCUUGUUUUUGUUUCAUGUGUUUUUUAAAGUUUUCAUUUCUGCCACAAAAAUCUGUCAUGGAAUACAUUUUGUUUUCAUUAAUUCAGUGAAGUUGAGACUUCAGAGUAAUUUUAGAAUGCAACUUGAAGGUAAAAAUUUUACUUUGUCAGUACUGAAGUCUCUGCUGUAAUCUUUAUAUAUCUUUCUCCAGAGAACAUAAUAGUGUCAAGUAGAUAUAUAUUUUUAUAAUAGGUAUUUAGAAGCACUUGAAAUAUUCUUAAUCUCUGCAUGUGUUACAAUUCAGUUAUUUCUGUAGUUUGUAAACUCUAAAGUGACAUUACUAUUAAGAGAUGUGUAAGUUGUAAUUUUGACUUUUGUGGAACCAUUGUUUGUUAAUGUUGGGAUUCUCUGCCCUUUUGAAUGUGAAAGCUUAUAUCCCUGAAUGCUGAUACUUAAAGUUUUCUAUUUCAGACAUCUCUAUGUGGAAGUUGAGACUAAGAAUAAUCCUAGGGAUGUCAUGAAUUUAGGCAGUGUUUCUCAUUUGAAAAAUGAAAUGAGAAAUAAUUUCCUUCUUUAAAGCGAAUAUAUAUAGUAGGAGAAACUUGGAGGCAUUUCAUACACACAUUUCUUAGCAAAAUGGACACAUUGAAAAUGUCCUCUUUUUUAUAUUAGAGGUUCUGCAGCUCUUUGCUCUUAAGAGAAAAUCGCAACAGGAUUCUUAAUGUGUGACUUCUUUGUUCAUAUAAUAAUAUGAAUGUAUUGUUUUAUUUGCUUCAUAAUAAAGUUUAUAAGGAACAGCAUCUCAUACAUACCAUUAUCUUGGAACACGUUGAAUAUAUGUGAUUGUGUGUGGCCUUUUUAGGGCUGGAAAAUGUAUGAAUUCUUCAACUGUCUUAAAACACAUCUAAUAAAUUUUAUUAUGAAAUAAGACUAA